AUGAGGCUCAGCACCGCAGCCCUGCUUCUCCUGUUGGUCAGCAGCCUCUCUCCAGGACAUGGUAUUCUGGAAACCCAUUACACAAACCGGAAGUGUAGAUGUUCUAAAGGAAUCUCUACCCUUAUCCAUCCAAGCAUUGUUGAGCGGGUUCAAGUUAAACCCCCUGGAAACGGUUGCCCACAGGAAGAAAUAAUAAUCUGGACAAAGAAAAUGUUUCCUUUAUGCUUGAAUCCUAAAGCCAAAUGGAUACUAAAUGUAAUAAAACUUUCACAAAGCAAAAGUUUAUCUUCAACUCCACAAGCUCCUGUGAGUAAGAAAAGGACUUCCUGAUGCUACCAUCACCUAAACAACACCUUCAUCCUCCCUUUAUCCCUGCUCUGAAUUUUAGUUUUGUUCUUGGUUAAAUCAUUUUCAAAGAAAAUAACUUCCUCAUACAAACAAACUUGAGAGUAUAGGUAUAAAGAACCCUUCUUUUCAUACUGAACCCACAAUCUGUAGCUUGAAUUAACAAGAAAAUUAUAGGAUGUACCUCCAUUAUUUUAUAUCCUUAAGAAAAGCAAAUUUCCACAAGAGAUGAGAAAAUCUUCCUGAGAAAUUGAUGGAACUCAGCCUGACAGGAUGAGAAAGCUCAGCAUAGUAAGUCUCCUCAGGAGAAAGCCACUUGAGGAAAAUGGAUUCCUACUUGUAAAAAGUUCUUUUGUAAGAUUUAUUGUCUCACAU